GCAUGUGCCAGUUAAACCGCAGUGCCGUGCGGAGUGGGAUGAGGCGCAGGCUGUGGACGCUGGAAGCCGGGGCCGUCGGUAGAUGGCGGUAACCCAAGAAACCUGAUCCAGCGGCUUUCUCGGGCGCUCUGUCUCAGUUUGCAGCACUCGCAUUGAAGGCAGAGGAGCUGAACAGUUUGAAGGACAUCAAAAGAUAAACGGGGGAGAGCUCACGGCGGGUCCUCUUGAGUGUUUUUUACGCGCAGCCUCUUCCCGAACAGGAGACGGAACGCUUUUGUUUUAGUCACAGAGAAAAACAACAACAACAACAAAAAAUCACCAAAUCGGGAAGAGGAGCACCAUGGAAGACAAGUCCAACUCGUUCUCCAGCAACAAGGAGGAGAAGGCGGAUGGGAAUAAUGUUUUUCAGAGGCAAGACUCGAUACAGAAAAAUAACACGGGGAGCCAGAACAUGAAGGACCAUGGCAACUCCGUGGGCUUCAAGGGGGAGCGGGAGGAGGCCAUGGUCGGUUUUGACGAUCUGGAGGGGGCGUCCAGGCAAUAUGGUUUUAUGCAGAGGCAAUUUGGGGCCAUGAUGCAGCCCGGAGUCAAUAAGUUCUCCUUGCGUAUGUUCGGCAGUCAGAAAGCCGUGGAGAAAGAGCAAGAGAGGGUUCAAACGGCCGGAUACUGGAUCAUUCACCCAUAUAGCGAUUUUAGGUUCUACUGGGACUUGAUAAUGCUCAUCAUGAUGAUGGGGAAUCUAAUCAUCAUUCCUGUGGGAAUAACGUUCUUCUCAGAGCAGACUACCACCACCUGGCUGGUGUUCAACGUGGCUUCAGACACCAUCUUCCUGGUGGACCUGGUCAUGAACUUCAGGACGGGGAUCGUCAACGAGGAGAGCUCCGAGAUCAUCCUCGAUCCCAAGGUCAUCAAGAUGAAUUACCUGAAGAGCUGGUUCGUCGUGGACUUCCUCUCCUCCAUUCCAGUGGAUUAUAUCUUUUUAAUAGUGGAGAAAGGCUUUGACUCAGAGGUUUAUAAAACAGCCCGUGCCCUGCGAAUCGUCCGCUUCACCAAGAUCCUCAGCCUUCUGCGUCUGUUAAGACUCUCCCGACUCAUCAGAUACAUACAUCAGUGGGAGGAGAUUUUCCAUAUGACCUAUGACCUGGCUAGUGCAGUGGUAAGAAUAUUUAAUUUGAUAGGGAUGAUGCUGCUUCUGUGUCACUGGGAUGGCUGUCUUCAGUAUCUGGUGCCUCUCCUCCAAGACUUCCCCCCUGACUGCUGGGUGUCCCUAAACGGUAUGGUUAACGUUUCCUGGGGUAAGCAGUACUCUUAUGCCCUCUUCAAAGCCAUGAGCCACAUGCUGUGCAUCGGGUAUGGAGCCCGGGCGCCCGUCAGCAUGUCUGACCUGUGGAUCACCAUGCUGAGUAUGAUUGUAGGCGCCACGUGCUACGCUAUGUUUGUGGGCCACGCUACAGCUCUAAUCCAAUCACUGGACUCCUCACGCAGGCAGUACCAAGAAAAGUAUAAGCAAGUGGAGCAAUACAUGUCCUUCCACAAGCUUCCAGCAGACAUGCGGCAGAAAAUCCACGACUACUACGAACAUCGCUACCAGGGCAAAAUCUUUGAUGAGGACAACAUCCUGAGUGAACUCAAUGACCCGCUCAAAGAGGAAAUUGUCAACUUCAAUUGCCGGAAGCUUGUGGCCACCAUGCCUCUGUUUGCCAACGCCGAUCCCAACUUUGUGACGGGGAUGCUGAGCAAGUUGAAGUUUGAGGUUUUUCAACCCAAUGACUACAUUAUCAGAGAAGGCACAGUGGGGAAGAAGAUGUACUUCAUUCAGCACGGUGUUGCAAGUGUCAUCACCAAGUUCAACAAGGAGAUGAAGCUGACGGACGGAUCUUACUUUGGAGAGAUCUGCCUGCUCACCAAAGGCAGACGAACAGCGAGUGUACGUGCGGACACCUACUGUCGACUCUUCUCCCUCUCUGUUGACCAUUUUAAUGAGGUGCUAGAAGAGUACCCCAUGAUGCGACGAGCUUUCGAAACAGUUGCCAUUGAUCGAUUGGACCGUAUCGGGAAGAAGAACUCCUUGUUGCUGCAGAAGUUCCAGAAGGAUCUGAACGCCGGCGUUUUCAACACACAGGAGAACGAGAUAUUGAAGCAGAUUAUCCGUCAGGACAGGGAGAUGGUGAUGAUGGUGGAUCGCAAGCAGUCAGUCACCGGGAUGAACUCAACUCCAAUGUCAGGAAACUCCAUCAUUAACUCGCCAGCCCAGCCGCCCUUCUCCACUGCCUUUGGCACCAAUCAGCUUCAGCAGUCCUCCGUCCCUCUGACCUACAGUGCUUCAGCGAUUGCUAACGCCUCUGCUGCCCGCAUGCUGCCGGUUGCUGCAGCUGCUGCUGCUGCUGCAGCGCAGGGGAUUUACCCAGCUCCCAGUGUUUCGCAUGGCAACUUGAAUGCCUCCUCCACUAACCCACAGACCCCACUGCAACAGCAGGGAGCCAUCAUGUCUCCCUGCUCCUUCACAGCUGCCAUGUGUAGUCCGCCAGUUCAGACCCCUUUGGCUAACCGGAGCUUCCAGUAUGGCUCACGUACAGCCUCCCAGCUGUCACUUAUCCAGCAGCCCAUUGCCCAGCCAUCUCUACCCACACAGCAACAGCUUGUUCAGCAACCUGCUGUGUCGACUGCGGCUGCAGCAGCAGCAGUGCAGCAGCAGCAGCAGCAGUCACCUCAACAGCAGCAGCAGCAGCAGCAGCAGCAGCAGCAGCAGCAGCAGGUCCCUUCACCUCAGCGGGGAGAUAUCCACAAGAGCACACAGGCUCUUCAGUCAGGCAGCUUGAGUCGAGAUGUCCGACACCUAUCGGCCUCCCAACCAUCACUGCCACAUGACACAUCUCUGGGGCCCAGAGCGCAUCCGACCUCAGGAGACUCUCUGGCCUCCAUUGUGCCACCAACAGCGGCAGCCAUCCAGGGAAUGAGUCUACAGAGUGGCAUCCGCACUACGGUGCCGCAGCGGGUCAACUUGUUCCGCCAAAUGUCGUCAGGAGCUUUGCCCCCGGUGCGCUCGGCCGCAGCAGCAGCAGCGGCAGCAGCAGUGGCAGCAGCGUCGUCAUCCUCAACCCAGCACAGAGAAUCCCCCGGAUCGAGGAGAGAUUCCGUCCUGAGCAGUACAGAGACUGAACAAGACAAAAUGCGUUUUGCAUCAAAUUUAUGAUCCCAUUUUUCUCUUCCCUUUCUUUUUUUAAACUUCAAUAUGUUUCAAUUCAUUUUUAAAAAUGGAGCUAGAACAAAAGAGGUAAAAAUGAGGAACUUCAGCAUUUUUUGUUUCUCUCCAAUUUUCUUCUAAAGUAACCUCAUAGAAAUCCUGUAUAUAUAAGCCCUUGUAUUAUAUUUUAGACAACUUUGUCUCCCUAAACUUAAGAAUGUAUAUUAUACGGAUACAUCUCUUUUCUUUAAUGCCAUAUAUAUAUAUAUAUAUAUAUAUAUAUAUAUAUGGUUGAAUGGAUGUGUGAGUGUGUGUGUGUGCAUGUGAUCAUGUGUGUAAAAUCCAACGACAAUAUUGGCAAUGGCAAUUUAAAGCUGUAGUAUAAACAUGAGUCUUCCUUUCUGAGAAAUAUAAAGAAUUAUAUAUAAUGUACGAAGUUUUUUUAAAAUUUUGAUUUAUUUUUGCUUUUUGCUUUCUUAUUUUUAAAAUCUGGAAUGCAUUGUGAAAUUCGACAAUGACUAUUUCUUUUUGUUUUUUGUUUUUUUAACCACUGGAAGAGGAAAUCUUAUCUUCUCCUAUUAAGCAGCUUUAGGCACCACUGUGGACAAAAUAAAUGCAAGCAACUCUCUCACAAAUAAUCUCAAAAAGCACACACUCAUAAAAAUGAAUCUCAUACCAAUUUACUGAAACCUCAUUUCAGAAAUCAACACAAAUACUGUAACUAAGUAUUAUGUUGCUCUCUGCAACGAAAAUACAGUCUGCUGAGCCACUAUAUCCCCACAGAGGCUCGCAUACAAACCAUGACAGUGUUAUGGGUCCAAAGGGAAUAGAUAAUAGAAAUGCUGCUUUCUUUGUUUAUUUUCGAGGAAAAUGGAGUGUGGAGACAGAUAUGGAUGGAUGCUAUUGUUUUCUAUUUCUAAUUUCAGAUGGCUGAGAUGUUACGUAAUGUUGCUUAAAAAUUCUGUGUAUAUUUAUAAUAUUUAUAAACUAAAGAUUAUCACCAUUAUGCAAUAGACUGUGACAUAAAGAUUACCUAUAUGUGUGCUGUAAAUAGUUUUGUAGAUCUAGUAUUUACAGAUACUGUGUGGUGCAUUCUCUAUCAUAACAAUGUCUUACUUCUAUCAGGAACCUGGAUAUCAUCUAUAUGCGACAAAGGUUAAGUGACAAAAUGCAUAUGUUUCAUAAGAGAUGAACAAACCUUAAUGCAAUAGCUAGCACCACUUGAUGCUGACAAAUGCCUGAUUGAAGGACAUGUGUAAUUCCCUCUCUUCUUCUCUCUCUGUAUACUAUUCUUAUUCCUAGUGUAGUUUCUGGUUUCACACCAAGUGAACGUACAGUAUACAAUAUUUACACAACCUGGUUUCAGUGUCAUCCUAUUGAAAGUAAAAGCAUCUUUUCUAUCACUUCCCAAAACCGCAGAGGAUCACUUUACGAAUGAUUUGUACGAACUGUAUUGCUUAGGGGUGGAAAUUAAGACUUUCAUUUUUUAUUCAUUACACUUUUUUUUUUUUAAAUCAUAAUUCAAAUUCUGUGCUUGCUCAUCCUUGAGCAAAGCUGUACUGGACGCUGUCAUAUCACAAUUACUGUAGCUGAAGAGCCCGGCACGACGUUUUCAGCGCAUCUGUUUUAGGUUAAAGACGUCAGGUAUAUGAUCACUCGAGUGCGCAGGAGGACAUUUUCACCGCUCGGUGUUUUUGUGCUGCUGCAAGUGAGGGAAAAAAGGGAACGCUGGUUUGCAUUAAGGUUUCUGUCUCAUGUAAAUCCAUUAUGUGGGCUUAGGUACUCUAAACUGACCUGGACGUUGAGGCAGGGAAGGAAGGUCGAGCAAGAAUAUUGUGACUCUACAAAAAAACGGAUAAGAGCUAUGUUGAAUAUCUCAAUCUUAAAAAUGAUCUGAUGACUCAACUAGAAUAAAGCAGCCAUGACGGCUCACAGGUCCUUUCCCUGCAUAUACAGUAGGUUGUACAUUGUGCUCGGGGCCUUCUUAAUCAAAUGUGACAAAGUAUUCUACACUCAGUCAUGCGGAAUAUCUAUCCAGAGUCACAGUUUUCAUGGCACCAAAUAUCCCAUCAGUUCAAAGUGACUAAGCCCUUUUCAGAUACCAUUUUUAAAAGAUUACAAGUCUUCACUACAGAUUGUGUCGAUAGUGUACCAAUACAGUCAACCCACCAAUGUCAUGAAAGCAUGCGCUGUCACAAAUACUUAAAAAAGAUACUAUCUCGAAAAUGUUGACGUUAAAUGUAAUGUUAGAUUAUGUUUUGUUCAUUGUCUGUCUGCGUAGAUGUUAUCUGUGUGUGAACAGAAGCAUUGACUUUUCACAUGGACAUUCUAAAGUAUUUGUGCCUAAACUAUAGCCAUGUUUCAUCCUUUGUUAUGAGUGUGAGCUCAGUGCGUACAUGGGGCACUCCUGCACACAACCGCGCGUUCAUUCUUACUAUAAUCUAUGUGUUCUAUGUCUCAGUGUUUUUAGACAAGAAAGGAGUAAGCAACGAUGAUGGCCAAAUGUCUCAGUUUAUCCAAUUGGUAUCUUUACUUACAAUGUGAACUUCUAGAGGCAGGUUUUUUCUAACAUUCUCAAUGGAGCUAUAUAGAAUAUUUAAUGAGGUCAUGUACAGUUUAAAAAAAGAAGUGCAAUCUUUAGACUUGCAGUGAUAUCACACUCAAUGAGACAUUGUACAAAUUUGGAGCACCUUUAUACCUUUCUUUGUAGCUAGCCACUGAUGUUUGGAUUGAAUACUGAUGUGUGGAAGGAAACUGGCCAAAGCAAAACAUUCUAAGUCAUUGUCUUUGUUUUAAAUUGCACUUUCUGAUUUAAUAAUAAAAAGAUAUAGAUUCUUUCAGCUAGGGUAGAUGUUGAAUGAGUUAGUAAGGGAGCGAUAUCCCCGAGAAUUUGUGCUGCCCUGAUCCCGUUUGAGGUUCGAAAUAAAGGGGGGGGGGGGAUAUUCUAUUUACAACGAAGAGCGCUUAAUCGUGAAUAUGCCAUAGUGUAUAGGAACUAGUACACAGUGGAGAUGGAUAGCAGCACUGUUGGUUUGUGCUGUUUUUGAUACUUGCCUUUGGAGGGAGAGCUUCCCAACUAUGUGCUUUUUUCACUAUACCAAUCGCAACUAACAUACCGGAAUGGGCAUUAAUGGUGAUGUAUAACACAAACUAAUGAGCUUACAUAUUAGCAGUAUAGAGACUCUCAACAAACCAGCACAUAUAUUUGUAUAUUUCUUUUUGUUUGUUGUUUUGUUGGUUUGAGAAAAAAAAUAAAGAGAUGCAAAAAGACCUGAUAAUGCCCAGAGAGGACAAACCAAAUGAUUAUUUGGUUUCGAUGACCGCAGGUUUCAUAUGUUUACUGAUGAUAUAUGCGCAGUGGAAAGAGGGGCUGAUGACGAUGAGCUGCUCGGUCCUCUUAAGCCCCACUCACAUGGUCAUUGUUCAGCUCAUUCAUGUAAUCCAAGGCUUAGAGAAGUUGGUUACUUAAUGCGUCGAAAGAAAGAUAAAUGUAAACUUUCUUACAACAAUAUGCAGACAAACAGUGUUUGUCAAAAAUCUUUUUGAUUUUUUUGUUUAUUUUGUUUGUAAAUAAUAAACCUUGAAAAUAUAGAAAAUAAACGACAUAUUGUCAUUUAAAACGA